AGCUGGUCACAUGGUCAUGAUGGCAUCAUCAGAGGUCGACUCGGCAUUUACUGUGCGGGUAUCAUGGCGGCGGGCGAGCAGCAGGCUGUACACCGGCCCGGAGCCUUUAAGCAGCAGAAUAAGGCGCACAAAACCGGUCGGCACCGAGGCCGCGGAGCGCAGGAUCGCGAGAACAAAGGACGAGUACCCGCUAAAGUUCUCAGCAAAAAAAUAAAAAAAAAUGUAAGCAAGCUGGAUAGGAGACAUAAAGCCAACCAGAUCCGCAGACAAAGGAAAGAUGCUGUGCUCACAGAAAAGCGAAACUUGGGUAGCAAAGAUGGCCCCCCACACCUUGUUGCAGUGGUUCCUCUCCAUGCCAAUGUGGUCAUGAGUAGCCUCUCGAAUCUGAUACAGAGCAAUGAGGGUGAUAUACUUCAUGAAGAUGAUUUUAAGAGCAACAAGUUUGCUCUUGUGUGUCCUAAGAUGAAGCAGCGAUGGUGUUUUGUUCAAGCGAACAAAGAUGACCUGCAUUCUCUGCUCGAUCUAGCCAAAGUGGCAGAUACACUUCUGUUUGUCCUGGACCCCCAGGAGGGAUGGGACAGUUAUGGGGACUACUGCCUCUCAUGCCUGUUUGCCCAGGGCCUUCCUAGUUUUGUGGUCGCUGUGCAAGGUGUAAGUGACAUCCCGAUAAAGAAAAGAACUGAUGCUAAGAAACACCUUAGUAAACUGAUUGAGAAAAGAUUCCCUGAUGCAAAGCUGUUUCACCUGGAUACAGCACAAGAAGCUGCUUUACUCCUGAGACAAAUAUCCACCCAGAAACAGAGACACUUGACAUUCAGAGACAGGCGUUCUUAUAUGCUGGCACACAGAGUUGAUUUUCAGCCAUCCGAUGAGAGUGGCCUGGUGGGCACGUUGAAAGUGUCUGGCUAUGUCCGCGGACAGGAACUCGAUGUUAACAGAUUGAUUCAUAUUGUUGGCCAUGGGGAGUUUCAGAUGAUGCAGAUUGAUGCCCCUCCAGACCCGUAUCCACUAAAUCCAAGAGCCCACAAGACCAAAGCCAAAAAAGAGCAAGAUGUGGAAAUGGCGGAUGAACCUGCAAACUGUGCAGAGAUGGAGGAAGAUGUGAAGGUUCUGAUGAAGGCCGAUCCAUCACUACAAGAGUCUUUGCAGUCCGAGGUAGUUCCUGAUCCUAUGGAAGGCGAGCAGACGUGGCCCACUGAGGAAGAACUGAAGGAAGCAGAGGAUUCCUUAAAAGUGAAAAUACAAAAAAAGGUUCCAAAAGGUACAUCCACUUACCAGGCGGCAUGGAUCUUGGAUGAGGAGGAAAGUGAUGGAGAAGGAGAUAGUGAAAGUGAAGAUGAUGACAUGGGUGAGGAUCAGGACGAUGCUAUGGAUGAACCAGUUUCUGAGGAAGAGGAAGGCAGUGCUGAAGAGCCAGAGGAAGAAAGCGAGACAGUUACUAUCCCAGACAGCACCCGGGAUGACAAAUAUGAUGAAAACCUGGAUGAAGUAGAGGAAGAACAGAUGUUGGAGAAAUAUAAACUGCAACGACAGGACGAGAUGUUCCCAGAUGAGGUGGAUACCCCACGAGAUCAGACGGCUAAAAUUCGGUUUCAAAAGUAUCGUGGUUUGAAAAGCUUCCGCACAUCACCAUGGGAUACCAAGGAAAAUCUUCCCAGAGAUUAUGCUCGCAUCUUCCAAUUUCAUGACUUUUUCAGGACCAGAAAACGUAUCUUCAGGGAAGCAGAAGAGGAGGAGUGUGAAGGUGCCAUGGUUGGCUGGUAUGUCACAGUACACAUCACUGGAGUACCAGUCUCUGUGCUAGAACACUUUAAACAGGGGGCACCUCUUGUACUCUAUUCCCUUCUUCCUCAUGAACAGAAGAUGUCUGUUGUGAACAUGUUGGUGAGGAGACACCCUGGUAACACUGAACCAGUGCAGGCUAAAGAAGAAAUUAUAUUUCACUGUGGCUUCCGGCGAUUCCGAGCAGCACCACUGUACUCUCAGCACACGUCUGCGGAUAAACACAAAUCUGAACGUUUCCUGCGUUCUGAUGCAGCUGUGGUGGUCACAGCUUUUGCCCCCAUUACUUUCCCUACAGCAUCAGUAUUAAUGUUCAAGCAGCGCAGCAAUGGUAUGCAUGAUUUUAUAGCCUCUGGAUCUCUCCUAAGUGUGGACCCGGAUAGGAUUGUUAUCAAGAGGGUGGUGCUGAGUGGUCACCCAUUAAAGAUAAUGAAAAAAACUGCAGUGGUACGAUAUAUGUUCUUUAACAGAGAGGAUGUGUUGUGGUUUAAACCAGUAGAACUGCGUACUAAGUGGGGUCGUAGAGGACAUAUCAAGGAACCCCUAGGAACUCACGGACACAUGAAGUGCCAUUUUGAUGGACAGCUUAAGUCUCAGGACACUGUAUUAAUGAACCUAUACAAGCGUGUCUAUCCUAAAUGGACGUAUGACCCAUAUGUACCUCCACCAGUGACUUGGGUGAAGAGCGAGGUUCAGAUUGAUCCUGCAGAAGUGGAGAUGGAAUAAAUCUUUUGACAGUAUAGACUGCAAGUUGAUCUUUGCGUCUUCUCUUGUUGGUGCCUUACGAGAACUUAUUUAUUUUGUAUUUAGACAUUUGUAGGUGUGGGAAUUACAUAAAAUCAAGGAACCACAUUUUGUUAACUCUACAUGUUCUAUAGCCUGUGCU